UUUAAAAUGUUUGUUCGAAAUAAAAUAUCGAGAUGCAAUCGUGGAAUCGUUUUGGAUGGAAGGACGUCAAAAUGCCCUCGCCCGAACAGCCAAAAAGUUUUUGUGGUGUGGAGCCUGGAGCGAAAAUCGGAGCUAAUCAUCAAUUAUCUUGUUUUCGGUGGUUGGCGAUGGUUGUGUUAUUCCACAGAAGUCGAAUAUAGAGAAAGUUCUUGUUAAAAAAGCUCAUGGGGAAAAUGAUGAAACAGAAAAAAUCGGAGUCAAAGCUUACAUCCUCAACAACGACACAGAAGAGCUCUUCGCAUCCGAUUCAGAGAUGAAACACACAGAUGAAACAGAAAAAAUCGGAGUCAAAGCUUACAUCCUCAACAACGACACAGAAGCUAGCUCUUCGCAUCCGAUUCAGAAGAUGAAUUACCAACGCAAUCGACAAAAACAGAAAUUCCAAAAAUGAUGAGACUAUCACAUCUAAUCAAUGCGGACGAAAGCGAUUACAAUUCAACAACCAGUGACGAAGAUGAUGAUUCACACCAAGGCUCUCCAAUACCUGAUGAUGCAAAUAUAUUUUUAUCCGAAGUCUUGGACUCUUUGGUUCGUGGAAUUCAACUCAAAUCCAAUCCGGAUUUCUUGAUUCUUGAAAUCAACCCAUCUCGCUAUGCCUACAAUAUGUCUUUAAAGGAAGUAAAUUUCAAUAUCGUCAAAGCGGUAUUCAGUUUAGAUCCAAUUAAAGAGGCAACAACAACAAAUGUCUUAAGUGCCAACAAUCAGGUAUUGGGUCGCUUGGGUAUGGUUGUUUCAAAUAAUAUAAAAAGCGAUGAUACUAUGUUGGAUUGUUUGAAGGCAAUUCAGGAAUACUGUGAAGAACAACCAGCUCUGAGAGCCAAGGUUUCCCAGAUUAUUCAUUAUCUCUAUGAUAAGGAAUUUGUGUCUGAAGAAGCUAUCCGCAUGUGGCACAAUGAGUUGGAUGAUGAUUCAGAGUGGUUGAAAGCACCAUUGCAGAAACUCAUAGAAUGGCUAGGUCAAUCCAGCGAAGGCAGCAGUGAAGAAGAAAACGACGAUUAAAUACUUUUUCUUUUCUUCUUAACUUAAUGAUUCUUCAAUAAAAAAAAAACUUUAAAAAACUGCCUCUUUGGGGAUAGAAAAAAAAUAUGUUUAAUUCAAUAGAAAAUUUGA